AUGUCAGCACUAGAAGAGUUGCAAGGCUUACAAAAGAAGUUACAAGAUCUUGUGCAGUCAAGAACCACACUCGAAACACAAUAUCAGGAAAAUAAAAUUGUUAAGGAAGAACUUGAUACCCUUGAUUCAAGUUCCAAUGUUUACAAGCUGAUGGGGCCUGUACUCUUGAAGCAGGAUAAAGAGGAGGCUGAAGAUAACGUUAGUAAAAGAAUAGACUUUAUUACAGCAGAAAUUGAGAAGAUUGAGAAGAGCAUCAAAACUACGCAAGCAAAAAUGCAGUCUUUGAGAAGUUCUUUACAACAUCAGUAA